AUGGCUGCACCCCUCCACAACCUCCGUAACGACUACGCGCCGCCUUCCCUCCCGUCAGCAAUUCCUCCUGGACUGCUGCCUGGACAAGUACCGGUACUGCGUGUCUUUGGAACGACCCCUAAGAACCAGAAAGUAUGCGCCAACGUCCAUCUAUGCUACCCGUACUUCUUCGUGCCGUUUCCGAUGGACUCGCCCGACCCCUUGCGACCAGAACGCGUCAUCCGGCUAUGCCAGCGCUUCGCGGUCAGCUUGAACCAUGCAAUAUGUCUUGCUCUACGACAGAAUCCUACGGGGCCAACAAAUGCAGCAAACUUCGCCGGUGGAACCGAUCCAAAGCACCUGCAUGUUGUCUCCGUGAUGCUGGUCAAAGGCACGCCUUUCUAUGGAUACCACCUCGGUUACUCGUACUUCCUCAAGGUGUCGCUGGCGAAUCCGUCCAGAGUCCGAGUUGCCGUGGAGCAACUGCACAAGCCUGUCGUGCUCGGUCGAGAGUGGCAGCCCCACGAAGCCCAUCUUAGUCAUGUCUUGCAGUUCAUGUGCGACCUCGAUCUAUACGGAUGUGGCUUCCUCGAUCUUUCCGGAGGGACGUUUCGAGAGCCGCUCCCCGAACCGGCCUCCAGCCAGGAAGGUGAAUCGUCUCUAACAGUCAACACGUUCACGGUUCGCGAGGACAUGGUGUAUCCGAUGGGGUUGUCGCCGGCGCGUGACACCCAUUGCGACCUGGAGAUUGACGUUCUUCCUCACCAGAUCAUGAAUCGCAAUCGCUUACAGCAACGACCGCUCCACCACGACUUCAUCGAACUUCUCCACUCCCCUCUUGAUCCUGAGGAGAAGCUUGUCCCCGCUAUGAAGGAACUGUGGGAAGACGAGCGUCGCCGUCGUGCUGCGAGAGGACUGGCUACCAGCGAAUCGAUCAUGCUCCCCGUCAGCGGUGGCGGACGGGGAAGGACACUCGAAGAGCUCGGAUACAAAAUCGAAGGUCAGGAGAUCAUCAACAAGGGUGGCGACUGGAAGAUCUCGGAGGAGCUCUGGGACUAUAUCUCAUUGCGGAUGGCGAAUGAACGCAAGAAGAGAGGACUGUUGAGCUUCAGCCGCGUGUCCAAGGACUUGAAGGCUGGUGCCAACGGUGAGAAGGCGAAGUACGACAGGGCGGUCUCAGCACACUGGCCCAAGCCGUUUCGGGCGAAACCUACGCAGCAAUCUGUGAAGCAAUCCUCAGUCUUUCAUCGGAGCUCAUCGGUUGCCCCGUCUUCUUCACCACCUCCGCCCUCGUCUCCACCGGAACCAGAUGACGUCGAGGAAGACAAUCCAUUUGACGUCCUUGCCACACAGGCAUCUCAAGAUGUCCCUGCCAAAGUUGAGGUUGACUACGACGCCGUGCAAGUUGUUGAGGACGAGGACGAAGACGAUCCGGGCGAACAGCAACACAAGGAAGCUGUUCGGUUACGUGCGGAGGAAGGUCAACAGAUCAGAGCUACCCAAGCCGCCGUCGACGAGGACGCUGAUGAUGAAGACCUGGAUGAACUUUUCCGCCAAGCUAUCAAAGGCGAGGAGAAAACACCCACCAGAUCCCGCUCCCAGACCCCUAGCACUGUGGGAACGAUGUCGACUGGCCGGCGACGAGAGCGACGGCUGCGAAAGUUGACAGAACAAGCUGGUUUUGGUGAUCUCAGCGUCAUUAUGGACGAGAGCUUCACCUUGUCAUCCCCAAGCCAGAACCCGUUCGCCGAUCCGCAGACACCCACGAAACAGAUCAAGACCCAGAUACCUGCCACCAACGGGUCACAGACAACCCCCUCAUCCCUUGUGCGACGUUCUUUUGGCAGCCGUUCCAAGAAGAAAGCGAGCCACUUAGUGUCGCCUUCACCAUCCAAACCCAGCCCUAGUGCUCUCGUGCUUCACGAGUCGAAACGAUCCGUGACUCAUUGGACCCCCUCACCGCAGUCACCGACGCCGAAAGCCCGAAAGGUGGUCACACCGAGCCCUGAGGAGCCGCUCUCUGAGAUCAAGGUCGGACGGUCCAGCUCUCAGAAGCCUCCCCCCAAUGCUCAACGGACGCCUGCCGCCUCCAUGCUUGCUCCGCCGUCUGCCCUGACGAUGCGCAUGCUGAGCGCCACCCUUCCCAAUACCAGCAGGUCUAGCGGGUCCGCAGAGUCGCCGACGGCCUCGAAGCGGCCACUCACAGCUGCGCUGCUGCACGAAGAUUCCAGUGGGUCUAAGGAAUCCCCAUCUUCCGCGGAGCGCAUGUCCCGUCCUAAAAAGCGAGUACGAGUCUCCAGCCCAGUGGUUAGCCUCACACCACCACAGCCAUCGCAGCCAAAUGGAUCGGGCAGCUCUGGCGGUCCAGAGAUCUCCCCUGGGAGCUGGGAGUAUGCUCCACGACCACCAACUCUGCGUGAAGUGGUUGAGACGAUGACGCUGGAAGGCGUCGAGCCAGUCGAGUAUCGAGACCCCUUCUAUUCCAACCCCGAGGACGUUCCACCCCGCCCUAAGCUGUUCGCUGGUAGAGCAUUUCGGCUCAAAGGCAAUGACAUCCAGGAGCUUCGACCCUUUGAGUACUCGACUAAGGUCAGCGGCACGAACUCCUGGCUGAAGACGAGGCCACUGGAACCUGCUACAGCCGAGUUCGGUUGGGAGUACGCACCCGUGCCACCCUCGCUCCGAACUGUUGUCGACUACUGCAAAGGCAAGGAUGAAGAGAUUGCCGCCUCCAUAGCCACCGCCGCCGCCUCACAGCUUGCUCGGCCGACGCAGAAGAAUAAGUACGGGUUCAAGAUCACGCAGAAGAAAUCUGAGCCCCCAUCACGACACCAGCUGAAACCUGACCCCGCAAAGGACGAGAUUGCAGCCGUGUUCUACUGCUUUCAAAACGACAUGGAGUCCCUCCCCGAUACCACUAAGCACCCGGGAUACUAUGCUGGAUGCGUGGUGGUCGACAGUCCUCAGAUUGCUGAGCACCGUGCUCGACUGCAGGGAGUACCCUGCCAUGUCGUCGAUUCUGAACUUGAUCUCAUCAACUGGGUAAUCGAUGCUGUGAAGGAGUGGGACCCAGACGUCCUGACAGGAUGGGAGCUGCAUAACGCGUCCUGGGGAUAUCUCUCGGCCCGAGCAGCAGAGUCAUUUGACUUGGAGAUGGUCAGGGAUCUCUCGCGCAUGGUGUCGGACACGACUCAGAAUCGGAAGGACGGAUACUCGGCACACCACACGUCGACAUUCAAGGUGAACGGUCGUCACACGCUGAACAUCUGGCGAAUCAUGCGCGGCGAAGUAAACCUGAACAGCUACUCGUUCGAGAACGUCGUCUUUCAUGUACUGCACAGGCGCAUCCCUCGCUACUCGGCGGCAAACCUCACAGCCCUGUGGAAGAGCAGGUCGCCUGAGCAUACCGCUCGGGUACUACACAUGCUCUUCGAGCGUGUCGUCAUCUACGCCGAGGUCAUGGACACGGCUGAGAUUAUAUCGAAGAAUGCGUGA